AUGUAUCACGAUGUGAAGGAAUUAUACUGGUGGGACGGUUUGAAAAAAGACGUGGCAAAGUUUGUACGAAAAUGUCUGAUAUGCCAGCAAGUAAAAGCUGAACAUCAGAAAUCUUCUGGUUUAUUGCAGCCACUAGAAAUUCCCGAAUGGAAGUGGGAACACAUAGCCAUGGAUUUUGUAACGGGAUUACCUCGAAGUCAAAAAGGUUUUGAUGCGGUUUGGGUGAUAGUGGACAGGCUUACCAAGUCCGCACAUUUUCUACCUGUGAGUAUAAGCUUUUCUUUGGAAAACAUGGCCAAGUUGUACACAGAAGAGAUCGUGAGAUUGCAUGGUAUUCCUAUAAGCAUUGUGUCGGACCGAGAUCCAAGGGAAAGGCUUCAAUCUGCUCAGAGUCGACAAAAGAGCUACGCCGACACAAGGAGGAAAGAUCUAGAAUUUGAAGUAGGAGACAGAGUGUUCCUAAGAGUUAAACCCGUGAAGGGCGGAGUAGGGUCCAAAAAGGGUAAAAAGUUAAAGCCGAGGUAUAUUGGACCUUUUGAAAUUUUGAAACGAAUCGGAACGGUGGUGUAUCAACUGCAAUUGCCUUCGAGCAUGGCCAAGAUUCACAAUGUCUUUCAUGUUUCUACGCUCAAGAAAUAUUACCCCGAUCCAAGCCACGUGUUGCAAUUAGAAGGUAUUGAAGUGGAUGAGUCAUUAACUUAUGAGGAAGGACCAGUUAAGGUUUUGGAAAGAGAAGUGAAGGAAUUGCGAAAUAAGAAAAUUCCUUUGGUGAAGAUUCUAUGGAAAAAUCAUGGAAUAGAGGAAGCAACUUGGGAACUGGAAGAGGUUAUGCAGGAAAAGUACCCCGAGUUAUUUCAUUAG